AUGGAUUUAGAAACGUAUAAAAUUUUUACAGAAUAUCUUAGCAGUCCUCGUGAGCUACUCUCUGAUCAGGGUACUCACUUUUGUAAUAAACUAGUGGAUGCUAUUUGUAAACAGAUGAAAGUUCGCCGUCGCAUGUCCACUGCUUACUAUCCCCAAACCAAUGGAUUGGUAGAAAAAUUUAAUAGAACUUUAUGUGAAGUACUGGCCAAAUGUAUUGGACAAUAUGAUGGGAAAUGGACUGAAUUUAUCUCAACGGCUUUGUUCGCUUAUUGA